AUUGAGAUAUUUUGAGGAUAUAUUUCAGCUCUUGAACUAUAAAGAAUUUAAGUCUUGGUUAUGUCACUUUUGUAAGAUAUUUUGCAUAAAACUAAAAGAGAUAUGAUUUAUAUAUAAAAUACGAAAAAUAUAACUUGAAAAAAAUGGCACAUUUAUGUAAUAGACUGAUAAAAAUAAAAGAACCGAUAAAGGUACAAGCUAUCAGAUAUGGUAAUAAGGCGGAUCACUGGUCUAAGCUCAGAAAAAAGAAAACACAUAUGAAUAUUGCUCUGAAACAUUUUGAUGAAUUUUAUGGUAAUGUAUAUGGACAAUCAUGGAAAUAUAUAAGAGCUGCAUUAUUAAUAGAAAGACACAAGUAUAUGGCUGUUGUCAAUAUUUUCAGUGAUGUUGACAGAAUAAAAUCGGAAUUAGAGAUCCAAGGUGCUAUAAACUUAAAAAUAAUUUAUGAGACUUAUAUGAAAGAAAAGAAGUUAAAACCACUCAAUGAUAGACAAAAGAAACAAAAGCAAGAAAUAGGAUCUGUAAUUGAUAAUGCUCAAAUGUCAACAAUACAGUCCAAUUAUCCAGCAGAUUAUGAUUCAUUGCCUGUAUCUUUAAGUUUAAAGGAGGAAAACAAAAAUCUAACAGUAAAACAAGAUACAUUUGUAGAAAUGAAAUCCAUUGAAUCAAAUUUGAAUGAAAUAGCAUUGGAUGAAAAUCGAAUUGUGCAUCCUACUUUUGGUUUAGGUGGACUGUACGAAUUUGUGCCAGCUACAAAACUUAAAGGUUUGGAAGACUGGAUAUUAGAAUCGCAACACUAUGGCUACUACAAAGAAGGUGCAGAAUUCUCGGUAAAGAUCGAGAAAGAAGGAGUAUUAACAUUUCCAAAGUAUCUCAACAUAUAUACCUUUGAAGAAAACAAUUACAAAAUGUUUCCGUCACCAAAAAAAGGAUCAACUGGAGUUUUAGAUUAUUAUCUUCUGGACGGCACUUCUGUAUUGCCAGUGCUAGCAUUGGAUUUGCAGCCUGGCGAUGUUGUAUUGGAUAUGUGUGCGGCACCAGGGGGAAAAGCCUUGACCAUUCUCCAGACACUUAUGCCGCGUAUGAUGGUUGCUAAUGAUAUCAAACAAUCUCGAACGAAUAGAAUUGAUAAUGUUAUAAAUCAAUUUGUGGCUGAUAUCGGCGAGUGGCAUGACAAAUUGUUCGUGACACAACAUGAUGCGAGAUAUAUUACGGACAAAGAUAUGUAUAACAAGAUCUUGGUAGAUGUACCAUGCACUACGGACAGACAUGUUCUACACUCAGAAGAGAACAACAUUUUCAAGCCAACAAGAAUACGAGAAAGAUUACAACUGCCGGAGUUACAAGCGGAUAUUUUAGCUAACGCGUUAAAAAUAGUAGCAGUUGGUGGAACGGUCGUGUAUUCUACUUGUUCUCUCAGCCCCAUUCAGAAUGACGGUGUCGUUGGCAUGGCACUGAAAAAAGCCUGGGAAGAAACGAAUUUUAUUAUGAUUGUAAAAGAUAUGGAAGAGGCGUUAAGUCCACUAAAAUGUCUUUACAAGUUCGGCGACUUUGGAUUAAAAUUCGGUCAUAUCGUUAUUCCUACACACAAAAACAAUUGGGGUCCUACAUAUUUUUGUAAAAUAAUACGAGUGCGGUAAUUAAUAUGAUAUCACACUCUUUAUAUCCACCUGAUGAUUCGCCUCCGCGCAGCAAGUUCUGCGUGCCACUGAACUGAAGUAAAGCGACGAAAAAGCCCAAGUCUUGAAGAGCGACUCCGGAGGGAUGCGGAGUGUGCGCCUUUCUUCUAUUAUAAACCUGUACACGCGUACGCGUGUGCGUACGUGAGAAAGAUGAUUGUGUGCUUGCGAUUCCAGUCAUUGAUAUAGAACCAACCGAUACGAAGAGAGAGAGCAAGAUAUAUACUGUUCUGCUAUUACUUUCGAAGAAGAGAAAAGAUUCA